GACCAACAAUCGGAACAACUGAGCACUCGGUAAUUGGACACUAGGAUCAAGGAAUCCCGUCUUUUUGAACAUUUUCUCAGCUAUUUAGUCAGUCUGAGGUCACCGUUUGUUACCCGCGUGUCUUCCGGAUAACUUCGCCUGCCGUGCGGCUCUUCGCCGACGAGCUUUUUAUUGAAUAAGAGCGCGUAUGUGGGGAGGUUGUAAUAAAUAAGAGAAAUGCAGGGAUUCGUCAGGUUACAGUUGUGCCGCUGAGCUUCCUCCUGCGCUACGACGAGUCCCCGGCUUUUUUUUUUCUCCGCUUCUCCUCACACGGGACCAUGGAGCAAUAAAAAGGGGAAAAGGAGGGGGUGUGUGGGAGAAUCGGACGAAUUCACCCAGAGGCAUUUGGAUACACGCGUGGUGGCCGUACCGACGUGUUUUUACACUGCCCGGUCAGCGUGUUGCCGAGUUUAACAUCCAAUCCGGGCUGUACCUUUACGUCUGGGAGAGCCUCGGGGACCCCAGCCGCUAUUUAUCCGGGAGGACGGAGUUCCCAGGCGGCUGUCUGACAGUUUUCCAUUUCAAUAGCCCCCCCACCCUCCGUGCAGCCAGGCUGAAUGAGGGUGAGAAGAAGUGCAGGAGAGAAGAGUGGCUGCAUAUGAUUGUGUCCGAGAGGGACCGGAGAGCGCUGAUCUUUGUGGGUGCACCAGAGCCCGGCUGCUAGGCGUUGUGCGAUAUGGUGAAACUCUACAGAAGAGGGAGAAAGGGACAAGACUUCUAAAAUCGCCCACAUGCACUGGAUCAAUUGCUGGAUUUGGGAACCGAAUACGCAGAAGGGGGGUUGGGGAUCCUUGGAGGCUGCCGGAGGAUGGAGCGGUGUAGUCGGGGUUAGUGAGAGCCUAACUUCGGGCCACUUUACAUUUCUUAUUCCUGAACAACUCGCCCUUGUUUUCAGGACACAUGCAGGCCAAAAAACGUUACCUGAUCCUGCUCUCCGCCGGUGCGUGUCUAGUGCUUCUCUUCUACCUCGGAGGGGUUCAACUUCCAGCGGCGAGCAGGAGCCGGCAUGACCGCAGCAGAAACGGGCACCGGCCCGAGCAGCCCUGGCCUCACUUCUCGGACCCUUUACAUCUUUUCCUGCCCUGGGAUCAGACCGACACCACGGAUUACAACCUGCACAUAUCUCCGAGGCAGAAGAGGGACAUCAACACAAGUGUUUACAAAGGCAAAAGGUGUCGCAUGGAUUCCUGCUUUGACUUUUCUCUGUGUCGAAAGAACGGAUUCAAAGUUUAUGUUUACCCGCAGCAGAAGGGGGAGAAGAUCUCAGAGAGUUACCAGAAUAUUUUAUCGACCAUCGAGGGGUCCAGGUUUUACACCUCGGACCCUGGCCAGGCAUGUUUGUUCGUUCUAAGUUUGGACACUCUGGACCGGGACCAGCUGUCCCCUCAAUACGUCCACAACCUGAAGACCAAGGUCCAGAACCUGCCCCUGUGGAACGACGGCAGGAACCACCUUAUAUUUAACUUGUACUCGGGGACGUGGCCGGACUAUACGGAAGAUUUGGGCUUCGACAUCGGUCAAGCCAUGCUGGCCAAAGCCAGCAUCAGCACCGAGAACUUCAGGCCCAACUUUGACGUGUCCAUCCCCCUCUUCUCCAAGGAGCACCCGCGUACGGGUGGAGAGAGGGGGUACCUCAAGUACAACUCCAUCCCGCCUUUCAGAAAAUACAUGCUGGUGUUCAAGGGGAAGCGCUACCUGACCGGCAUCGGCUCGGACACAAGGAAUGCCUUAUAUCACGUUCACAACGCCGAGGACGUGGUGCUGCUCACCACCUGCAAGCACGGCAAAGACUGGCAGAAGCACAAAGACGCACGGUGCGACAAGGACAACGCAGAGUAUGACAAGUACGACUACAAGGAGAUGCUCCACAAUUCCACUUUCUGUUUGGUGCCCCGCGGCAGACGGCUGGGCUCCUUCCGCUUCCUCGAGGCGCUGCAGGCUGCAUGUGUACCAGUGAUGCUGAGUAACGGCUGGGAGCUGCCUUUCUCCGAGAUCAUCGACUGGAACACGGCCGCAGUCAUCGGCGACGAGAGGCUCCUGCUGCAGAUUCCCACAACGGUGCGCUCCAUCCACCAGGACAAGAUCCUGUCCCUCAGACAGCAGACUCAGUUCCUCUGGGAAGCCUACUUCUCCUCUGUGGAAAAGAUUGUUCUGACCACCCUGGAGAUCAUUCAGGACCGUGUACUAGAGCACGCCUCCAGGAGUAGCCUGAUGUGGAACAGUCACCCUGGGGGCCUGUUCGCUCUGCCGCAGUACUCUGGAUACCUGGGAGACUUCCCCUUCUACUACGACACACUGGGUAUUAGACCGUACCCGAAGUUCACAGCUGUCAUCCAUGCCGUCUCCCCUCUGGUGUCCCAAUCCCAGCCCAUACUCAAGCUCCUGGCGGCCGUGGCCAAGUCCCAGUACUGUGCACAGAUCAUCGUCCUGUGGAACUGUGACAAGCCUCUCCCCGCAAAGCACCGCUGGCCCGCCACCUCAGUGCCCGUCAUCGUGAUAGAGGGAGAGAAUAAGGUGAUGAGCAGCCGCUUUUUGCCCUACGAGAUCAUUGUGACCGACGCUGUCCUCAGCCUGGAUGAAGACACAGUUUUGUCCACCACUGAGGUGGACUUUGCCUUCACUGUCUGGCAGAGUUUUCCAGAGCGAAUUGUCGGAUACCCCGCCCGCAGCCACUUCUGGGACAGCAACAAGGAGCGCUGGGGCUACACCUCCAAAUGGACCAACGACUAUUCGAUGGUCCUGACUGGGGCUGCCAUCUAUCACAGGUAUUAUCACUUCCUGUACACCAACUACUUGCCCACCAGCCUGAAGAGCAUGGUGGACCAGUUAGCCAACUGUGAGGACAUCCUGAUGAACUUCCUGGUCUCUGCUGUCACCAAGCUGCCGCCCAUCAAGGUCACACAGAAGAAACAGUACAAGGAGACCAUGAUGGGACAGUCUUCAAGGGCUUCUCGCUGGGCUGACCCAGACCACUUCGCCCAGCGGCAGACCUGCAUGAACAAGUUCGCCAGCUGGUUUGGCGCCAUGCCACUGGUCCAUUCCCAGAUGAGACUGGACCCUGUCCUGUUUAAGGACCAGGUCUCUAUCCUCCGCAAGAAAUACAGGGACAUCGAGAGGCUCUGACAAGACCGCCGCCCCCUCGGGGGAGACCCUACGCAGGGGGAAAGAGACUCUGUGGAGAUUAGGAGUCAUCAGAGUACAGGGGGAUGGACAGGGAGAGACACAGGUCUGUCUUCCACUCAGCACAUUGCCAAUGACCAGAGCGCCGCUGCUGGAAAGACUCGAUGAGGAAAGGGAUAAACGGGAAACGAGCGUAUGCCGUUUGGGUGUGAAAAAAGCAAAGAGAGUACACAAACUGACGGGCUUACCAAACAGUACUGUGUGUUUCACACAUGUGCAAACACGCAGCACGCACUACUGACGACAAGAACUCUUGGAUAGAAUAUUUUUUGUAUGACACGGACGAGGACGACAUCGUCUGUCCUGCUCUUUCGGCACACGCGCGGGGCGAUGGUAGAAGACGGGAAGGUGUUUGUGAUCUCAAACCUGGCAACCCAACCUGUCGUCCCAAGCAACCUUCCCUACUCUGGAUCAGGACAUAAUACUGGACUCAUUACCAAACUCCUGCUUUGUAAACCCAUGAAUAUUUUCUUGCGCCGAGUUAAAAAACAAACAUUGUCCAACCUGUUCUUUUUUUUUUUAGCAGCCAUUACUUCCUAAUAUUCUCAGCAGUUGACAAACACCCCGCGUCUCCUACCCUUGGCUCGUUCCUUUAUGAGUUGAUCUGGCUUUUAUAAUGGUCUAUCUGCUCCCGUGUUAUCACGAAUAUAAGUUAGGAAAACAUCUCAUUUCAUGUCCCAUUUUCCUCUCGUACUCGCCACAGCAGUUGUACUUUUCUCAUCUUUUUUCCCCACUUACUUUCAUCAUCUUUUAUCCCCUCCCUCCUCCCUUCAGACUCUCUGCUCUCCCUCUUGUCCGUGUAUGUGUGUGUGUGUGUGUUGUGUGUGCAGACCCUUGAAAAGUUGGCUCAUCCAACCAUAAGCCCGAGCGGAGUACAUUUUCCCUCCGUUGGAAUGAGCGAAAUGAACAUUUCUGGAUGAAAUGGAGCAGAACGUUGCAUUCUAACCCAAACUUUUUUUUUCUCCUCCCCCUCUUCUCUCUCCCUCCCACCCCUCUUCCUGCAUGGUCUCUGAGCAACCAUCCUUACUGUGGAGGGGUCUUUAGUGACCAGCAUCGUUUCAGAGGACAGAUUUUUAACGCUGAGCGCAUCAGUGCCAUUCUGACAUCAGGGUCUGCCUUUAAAGUUGUUUAUUGCACAUCACGUUGCCUACAUCCGUUUCAGAUGCUCUUGUGUUGAAAUAUUGUAAUCGCCACUUUAAUGUGUCUCUCCUGGCGCCCUGAUCAUUUUUAUUUUUAUUUUUUUCCCACCCCCCCCCGUGACAUAUCCAAGGACCUUGGAGCCAUUAAAUUGACAAAAGGUUUUCUCCUCCAUUUGUCAGGCAGAGAUACGUUUAGGCUUCAAUUAGGUAUUUCAUUUGAAGUGCUGUUUUAUUCCCAGGGGACACGCUGUUGAUGAAACACCGAACAUUAUGGAGCAUAGCGUUUGCGAAAACAGUGACCGGCAAACACGACCUGCUGUCUAAUGUGAUCCUUGGGAUGACAGCUUUUUCCCCCUUGGCACACACCACCUGCAUCAGUGUGUGUGUGAGAGAGACGGUGGCCACGCUCGGUGUCUUUUCUAUGCCUGACACUUUUUUGCACCUUAAAUGAUCUUAUUGGUAUCGGACAACCAGAUCAAAAUGCUUAAAUAACUAGAUAUCUUGACCUUUAAUUGAUCAUUUUUAAAGACAGGCUGUCAGGGGAAGAAAAAAUAAAGGUGGCUGGCUCAUAGCUGAGCUGCUAUUUGCUGUCAUUAGGUCUGCAUGCAGCGUGCAGGCGGGAGCACAGGCGGUCCAGUCACACAUUUAGUUUGCAGACACUUGAAUGAAAGCAGCAUGCUUUUAGUGGCCUUUUCUGUCAGACAGGCAUUCAGCAUAAUGUCUCAGCCAAAGCUGCUCAGCGUGUUAAUCAGUUAGCUGUCACUGACAUCGUCAACAUCAGUGUCACACAUUCAGUGGCUGCUUUAGAUUCAUUUUUUUUUCUUUCUUCACACUUUGUUUUUAUUUUCGCUUGACAAAGAGUUGAUGUAAAAUGUAUCGUAAAGCCUUCGCUGUUUCAACAAAGGGGACAGACGUGCUUUGAAGUGCCAUAUCCAAAUGUUACUAUAGCAGAGCUGCUCUGUUUCCGCGAGUCAUAUCAAACCCAGCAGGACUAACUUGUGUUGUUUUGUUUUUUUGUUCGUUUUUUUUUUUUCUGCCCCAAUCAUGUCACUGUUUUGAAUAUCGCUGUUUGUGCUUGUACUCUGAAACUUUGAAACUUGGAGUCGUUUCCCGGGAGAUUCGUCGUCAGUGUAACAACGUCGAUACUUUGCGAUUCUGGGAAAAUCAUGCUCCUCGCACGGUCUGCAUCUGGCCUCUAUUUCAUCUUCAAAAGAAUCAUAUUGUUUCAAUCCAUAUCAAGCCUUUUAUGUCUGAUUGUCAGAGUUACUGCUGUUGAUUGUCUCAAGACAACCACAUUCCCCAGCUUUGCAAAUAAUCCACACACACUAAAAAAAACCCAUCCCACCACCUAUUUCAAAUCCCUGGUCUCAGCACUGUACAUAGACAUAUUUAUUUUUUGAAAAGGAAAAAAAAAACAAGACUGUGUACGAUUUGAGAUGACGCGGCGAGAACAUUGAGACCGAUCCUGCAUCGCUGAGGGGAGUAAGUGGUAUUUAUUCAGUUUAUUUUCUACACGCUGUGCACAUUAAUCCACACAGAUGCCGAUAUACAGCUCGUAUUAUGUCGCACUCUGCAUCGGUUUUCCAGGGGAAGCAUCUAUCACACUCUUUCUAAUACAGAGCUCCCCAAGUGAGAUAACAUUUCCAGAGUCGCCGUAGUGGAGUUUUAACUCCUGGAAAAGAUUGCAUACACCAGUGAUCCAGAAUUGGAUUGGGCCGCUCCAUCUUGGCUCUCUGCGGGAGUGAAAUUGUAAAGUCCCAAUAAAGACUACGCCAACUGACACGUGGAAAAUAAUAAGCAGCUGGGGCCCCCCCACCCCUCUCUCUCCUGCACCAGAUGGAAACAUUUUCACAUUCUGCCGCAACAUCUUCCCCUCAUGCAUUACAGUAAUGCGUCUGAGGCUGUGACACAGUGGUUUAAAUUGUCUUUGUCGCAGCUUGGGGCUCAAGUCGUAGCUCGCAAAACAGAAACUGAAGUGUAUCUACAGUCUUUCAAUUCCAGAGCUCAGUCAGAGUGUGAUGGAUGUGAGUCGGGGCCCUCGGGAGAAAAAAAGCAACUAAACUUCGUAUCCCCUUAAAAUGCCUCCGUCAUUUGAUCAGGGAAACAUUAUGCAAGUUAUCAUCUUGAGCUUCAACGCAGAUGGAAGAAGGUUUACCCAAAACGUGCCAGGCGGUUGGCGUGUGCGCUGGAAACCGGUCUGCUCUCGAUUUGAUUUGUGCCUUUUUAUCAACAUGCGAGUUCCUGACAUGCUGAGCACUGUCUGUCCCAGACUUGUUAUUUCCAGUAGACGGGCAGCAAUAGCACCAUGUGCGGAGGACUCAUAUCCCUGCCUUCAUACACUGGAUGAGUCACAGUUUCCAUUCUCUUGUUUUGAAGCCCCAUUUUCAUUGUUGUGUUCGGACACUGUUGCUAAGGCGACAACGCAUGACCACUUCCUGUUUCUGAUUAUUUAUCAGUGAUUGACUGUAUUACGCGAGCAAUCAGCAGUAGUGUCUGUUGAUCUGUAAGGACUUGGUCAAGCCCAGCUGUCCUGAUGCCUUCUCCUCCCUCCUACCUUGUAAUUAAGAGAAGACUUUUAUAGAGGUCACAGAUUAAAUAGAAUAAAUUCCAAUUUUGUAAGAAUGAUUUAUAAAAAAAAAAAUAAACUCAUAUUUGAUGGUAA